ACAUUUGACAACGUUGCCGUGCUUCCAAAACUCACACACCCAUUUCUCACCGCUCCCCCAACACACACGCACACAGACAUACAUAUAUGCAUACAUAUAUAUAUACACACACACACAUGUAUUUGUAUAUCUCUAUAUAAGCUUACACCUUUUCUAAGCUCAAAUCUUUGUAGGGUUUUGGUACUAAAAUAGGAAAGGAUGAGUAAAGUAAGAUCAAAAGAGUGGGUUAAAUGCACAGUAAUAGUGUGCAUACUGUUGUUUCUAAAAACAGAAGGGUUGGAAGAGGUGGGGAUAACCAUCAUUGAAAGUGGGGUUGCCAAAGGAGCAGUUUGUUUAGAUGGAAGCCCACCAGCAUACCAGCUUGCUAAAGGAUUUGGAGAUGGAGUUAACAAUUGGUUGGUUCAUAUACAGGGGGGAGGAUGGUGCAACACAGUAGAAGAUUGCGUUUACAGGAAAACAAUGGACAACGGAUUAGGGUCAUCCAAGUUGAUGCCGAUGUUGAACUUCACAGGGAUUUUGAGCAAUGAACAAGAACAGAAUCCGAACUUCUACAACUGGAAUAGAGUCAUCAUGAGAUACUGUGACGGUUCAUCAUUCACCGGAGAUGUGGAAGAAGUCGAUCCUGCCACUAACCUUUACUUUAGAGGUGCAAGAGUCUUCAAUGUUAUAAUUGAGGAGCUCAUGAGCAAAGGAAUGAAUGAUGCACAAAAUGCUCUUUUAUCUGGGUGUUCGGCUGGUGGGUUGGCUUCAAUACUGCACUGUGACAAGUUUAAAGGAUUCUUCCCAUCAAGUACUAGAGUAAAAUGCAUUGCUGAUGCCGGUUAUUUUGCUCACGUGAAAGACCUAUCCGGAGAGUACCGUUUUGAAAAAUACUACAACGACGUCGUUACAUUACAUGGAUCGGCAAAAUAUUUACCAUCCGGAUGUACUUCAAAUAUGACACCUGGUUUAUGCUUCUACCCACAAUUCGUUGUGCCGUAUAUCAAGACACCUAUCUUCAUACUAAACUCGGCGUACGACACAUGGCAGGUAUACUACAUCUUGUCAUCAAACGAAGCCGAUCCCCAAGGAAAUUUCACCAAGUGUAAGAUGGAUUUGAAUGAAUGCUCCACACCUCAACUCCAAAGGUUCCAAGAUUUUAGGUCAGACUUUUUGUAUUCAGUUUCAGCCAUUGGCAAUGAUUCUUCCAAUGGAAUGUUUAUAAACACUUGCUACACUCACUGCCAAUCUGAAUUCCAGCCAGCAUGGUCUGGAAAUGAUGCUUCAAAACUGGACUACAAGACCAUUUCAGAGGGAGUUGGUGACUGGUUUUACGAGAAAAGUGAGUUUCGAAAGAUAGAUGACGAGCAUAAGUUGCCACAUUACUGUUAGCUUUCGCUCAAUUAUCUCAAAGUAUAGCAUACGAAGAUACAAUAAAGUUAAGGACAUUGUCUCUAUGUACUUGUUGAAAUAAGUUGUCCUUCGAAUAAAAUAAGCGGUAACUGCGCAACAGAAUUCA